CGAUUAAAGUUGACAGAGACUAUUGUUAUUUCUGAACUUUGAUUUGGAUUCGUAAUGCUCUAUGGUGAUUGUCUAUCUGUCAUUAGGGUUAUAUUAUAUUCUUGUUUUGUAUUUAUAUUGUAAUUUUAUAUUUUCAUACUUAGCUUGUGAAAAGGGGUAGCUUUCCUUUUAAUGCUUGUAGUCGGAACCGAAUGUUUGAAUACAUUGAUUCACUAAUUAAUUUUACAUGUAUUUUAAUAUGGCUUUAACAGGAACUCAGUGUGAUUAUCUUUUGAGUGUUCUGGAUAAGGAUUAUGUUAUGAACCAUACAUUAGAAGCUCUCUCUAACGAUAUACAUAAAAAGUUUGAGAAAUCUGAUUUUUUUAAGGUUGGAAACUUAAUUAUAAUGCUUCUUCAACAAGAAAUGCUUCCUGAAGCCGAGCAAAGAUUGGCAGCUGUUACGCUACUGUAUGAAAUGUAUAGAGGAGAAUCUUUAGCAAAUUCACCAUUUGCUCCAGUAUUUGUUCAUUUAUUGCUUUCUCAGGAUCAAAAACCUAAUGUAAAUGCAAUUGGACAGUUACCAAGAAUUACAGAGCCAGAGAAGUCUUUUAUAUCUCAAUUAAUAUCUGAUGUGUCGAAAGAUAUUCUGUUGAAAAAAACUGCCACUCAGAUAAUAAACUCAGACUAUACAUUGCAUUCACCAGUUGAUCUUUCCAAGUUGCAAUUAUCUUUAGUGGAAAAAACAUCUGAAUUACCUCUUACCAGUAAGGCAGCUAUAUCGAUUAUUGUACCUGGUUUUGAGAAUUCAAAAAAAGACUCUAACACCACAUUUGAUAAAAAUCUUAUAAAAUUACUAGCCUCUGGGGAUAAUGCUCCAAUAAACAAGGUAUACAUGCCAGAAUUUGUUUCAUUGGCCCCUCCAUUAUCAAACUGCCAAGAUGAACCGGUGUGGUUAAAUCCAAUUACACCAAGUGAACAUAGCGUAGCAUAUGAUUCAUCAAUGUGUAUGACUUCUAAAAAGAAUUAUGAAACCAGAAAACUGAUAACUAAGGCUUAUGAGACUGCUCUCACUCUUGCACAACAACAAACACUUUUAACGGAAUUGGCAAAUGAUUCCAAAUUGGUUCAUCAUAUUGGAUUAACUCCAAAAAAGCUUCCAGAUUUGGUUGAGAACAAUCCGCUUAUAGCAAUAGAAAUACUCCUAAAAUUAAUGCAGUCUAAACAAAUAACAGAAUACUUCAGUGUACUAGUUAAUAUGGAGAUGUCUCUACAUUCAAUGGAAGUGGUGAAUAGAUUGACUACCACAGUAGACUUGCCCACUGAGUUCAUACAUCUGUAUAUAUCCAAUUGUAUUUCAACAUGUGAAACUAUUAAGGAUCGAUAUAUGCAAAAUAGAUUAGUUCGUCUAGUAUGUGUAUUCCUGCAGUCAUUAAUCAGGAAUAAAAUAAUUAAUGUGCAGGAAUUGAUCAUUGAAGUUCAGUCAUUCUGCAUCGAAUUCAGUAGAAUUAGGGAAGCUGCCGCACUUUUCAGGCUAUUGAAACAACUUGAAUCUGGAGAUGAAUGACUGGAAGAUGGUAUCACUCCAAGUGACAAUUCAACAUCAGAGAACAAAAGCUGAAAAUAUCCUAUAACUUCAGUAAAAUGAUAUACAAGGUGAUGUCAUUCCUCAACAACAAACUUUGUUAUAUGAAAGGUCAUGAAUUUCAACAAAAAAACAUUAUGGGAACAUAUGUCCGAUUUCAAUUAUUUAAGGAAAUAAAUGGCUUCAAAAGUUUCAUUUAGGUCUAUUGAUAUGAUUUAUUAAUGACAAAAAAGUAUGCAAGCAACACUUGUCAGUAGGUAUUCCAAUUGACUUUUCCAUUGCAAUAACCAUAAAUGAAUAUGAUAUUGACAUACUCUCCCAUGCUGUAAGCAUACAUUUUAAGGUAUAACUAAGUACCAAGUCUUAACUUACUGCUAGAAUUUUAGUGUAACACAACAUGGCAAUUAGAAUACCACUGAUAAUGAACUGAAAAGUUUCUAAGCAUACUUUUUUUAUUAUUAAUAAAUCAUAUCAAUGGACAUGAUUGAAACUUUUGGAGCCAUUUAUUUCUUUAACUAAUUGAAAUUGGACAUAUGUUCCCAUAAUGUUUUUUUUUUAUUGAAAUUACACGACGUUUCAUAUGACAAAGUUUAUCGGUGAGCUUACUGUGUAAAAAAUGAAGUCUGAAAUUUUACCAUUCAGCAAGCAUGGUGAUGAAUUCAUCAAUUGACAAAUCAUGACUCUUCUGACAUUACUCAGAUGGUUUAAUUGUGGUAUAUGGUGCUUUUAAUUGAAUUUGGAUACAUCUGGAAAAUAUUAAAAUGAAAAUUGUCAUAUCAAGCAUAAUUAAUUGUAUGUGUACAUAUUCCAAGAAUUAUUUUUUUAUCAAAGUGAUUAUUAUUGAUAAUAUUAAAUGUAAAUAAAUUAUGAA